AGCACACCAAGGUUCAAGAAGCACAUCACCAAGCUUGCAAGGAAGGGCCUCCCAUCAUCUGACGUACGUACGCUUGGAUCCAUGGACAUGGACUCCCCGCAGAAGAAGCUUGGAUCCGUGGACGGCGGCAAGACGCCUCCUCUGCUGCUUGCGGCCCAGCUGGCCAAGAAGGCGAUAGCCGCUUCUCCGUUCCCGGACGCACACCCGAUGGCCAGCGCUUGGGCGUUCGUCACCGCCUGGUUCUUCCCCGUCUCCAUCGUCUUGGGCUCCGCCAUCGACCUUCUACUCUGCAGCCAGCUGCUGUGGUGCCUACUGGAGCGCGAGGGGGGCACGCCCAUAGACAGUGCCCUCUGGAUCGCGCUGUGGUGCUGCCCCGCACUCCAGGCGGUCGUGGCGGCGCUGGCUCUGCUGCUCCCGUCCCGCCACCGCCGGAUCCGCCGUGCCCUUGCCUACCUCGCGGUCUCGGUCGCCAUCGUCGGCCAUUCUUUGAUGGCCAGCCUCAUCCCCCUCUCUGUCGCUGCCCAUCCAGGGACAGGGCUAGGAUACCUCCUGCUCAUCGUCUUGUUCAUCUGCGCCGCGGCGGCGCUGGCGCAGCUGCUCCCGUGCCUCCUGAUGGGGUUAUGUACCUAGGGUAGGGUCAUGGACCUGAUCUAAAUACCUUAUCCAAGGACAUCCUUAGAAGAGGUCGCCUUCCAGUCGACCAACGAAGGACUCACUCGACUGACUUGAAGGACUCGACCACGAAGACUCA